UCCGCCAUGGAGGCCAAUCUCUACUAUUAUGGCCUAUACUCGAGGCCUGUCCUGGUUGCUCGUACCAGUACAACUCUCUGGAAGCCCCCUGUCUGUCCCCCAGGAUACCCCUCUGCCAAAUGGCUUCGUACGGUCGGCAAUCAUCCUCUUGGUAACAUCUGGGAGAGCAAUCUGGCUCCGGAGAUCCACAAAAUCCUGGAGUCCAGGGGGGUGAAGUGGACAAGUACAGAUGUGGCCCGCAUUGGAUUGGUUGGAGAAUUGCUCCCCCCGGUUAUCGUCUGGAUUGGUGUGCAGCCUGGUACUCUUUCAAAAGAAGAUGGCCAUACAGUUGCUCUAGCCUGCAAGGGUCUUUUGCUGGAACACCAGAUCCUUGAUGUUGAAGUUGAGAUCCGUGAGUCCAUAGUAACUCAAUAUUCGGGCCCAAAGUUUCUCAAGCCCGCCACACCUAAUGACCCUACGGCAGAGCUCCGACAGCCUCUUACAUCUACUCUGGGCCUGUCCAUCUGUGUUACCCGUACCGUUUGGGCUGAGGGAACCGGUGGAUUUUAUCUAACUGAUAAUAACUCCAAACUGUACCUGGUUACUGCACGUCAUGUCGUCAUCCCAUCCGACUCCGAUAUCACGCCCUAUGUGCACAAGGUCUCUAGCCAGCGUUUGAACAAAAUCGCCCUCUUCAGUCCCAUCAGCUACAAGGAUUAUGUUAAACGGAUUGAGACUGCUAUUGCAGACCAGGGAGGAAUUAUUGAGUACCAGAAGAGGGUGGUCCAGGAGGUUUGUGAGAGCGGUGAAGGUGGGGAGAUAGAGUCUGAGGAGAGGAUAAAGGAGCGGGCAUAUCAGGAGAAUAUUCUGAAGAAGGUCGAGGCUGCCUUGGAGGCCCUUAAGAAACUCUGCAACCAGGUUGCUAAGUGUUGGGGGAACAUCGAAGACCGCAUCAUUGGAGAUCUCAUCUUCUCUCCAGCACUAGAAUAUGGUGCAGGUUCUAAGCGGUAUACACAAGACUACGCUCUUAUUGAGGUUGAUCAAUCCAAGAUUGAUAUUGCCAGCUUUACUGGUAAUGUGGUUGAUCUAGGUACUGAGAUAGCACCUGGAAAAUUCAAACGCAUGAUGUUCCCACAUCCCGAGAAUACCCACUCCUUUACAUAUCCAACCAACCGCCUGUUCCAGAUCCGAGGAACAAUCCCAGAUGCCGACAUGCGUCGUCCUACGAUAAAGGAUCAGAAUGGUGAACGGUGUCUUCUUGUCCUAAAGCGCGGCCAUACCACAGGUCUCACUAUCGGUCGUGCAAACACUAUAUCAUCUUAUGUACGUUAUUAUGAUGAGAAGGGCAAGGGAGUAACCUCGAUGGAAUGGCCAGUUUUUAAUUAUGACGACAAGAGUGGUCCCUUCUCUAAGAAGGGGGACUCAGGCGCUGCGAUCGUUGACUGCCAGGGACGCCUCGGGGGUCUCCUUACUGGUGGGGCGGGUCCCACUGAUCGCUGUGAUGUUACGUAUGCCACACCA